AUGGGAUUUAUUUAUACAUGUGGUGGAACUUUAAAAGGACUUAAUGGCACCAUAGAAAGCCCUGGUUUUCCAUAUGGAUAUCCAAAUGGUGCAAACUGUACAUGGGUAAUAAUAGCAGAAGAACGAAAUAGAAUACAAAUUGUUUUUCAGUCAUUUGCACUAGAAGAGGAAUAUGACUACUUAUCUUUAUAUGAUGGACAUCCUCAUCCUACGAACUUUAGGACAAGGUUAACAGGAUUCCACCUACCACCACCAGUGACAAGUACCAAAUCUGUGUUCUCACUAAGGUUGACCAGUGACUUUGCUGUUAGUGCUCAUGGAUUUAAAGUAUAUUAUGAAGAGUUACAGAGUAGCUCCUGUGGCAAUCCAGGAGUUCCACCCAAAGGUGUACUGUAUGGUACAAGGUUUGAUGUUGGGGACAAGAUUCGCUACAGCUGUGUAACUGGAUAUAUUCUUGAUGGCCAUCCUCAACUUACCUGCAUAGCAAAUUCGGUUAAUACAGCUUCCUGGGAUUUUCCUGUUCCCAUCUGCAGAGCUGAAGAUGCUUGUGGGGGAACAAUGAGAGGAUCCAGUGGCAUCAUAUCCAGUCCGGGUUUUCCUAAUGAAUACCAUAACAAUGCAGACUGCACAUGGACCAUUGUAGCAGAACCAGGGGACACAAUUUCACUGAUAUUUACUGAUUUCCAAAUGGAAGAAAAAUAUGAUUACCUAGAAAUAGAAGGUUCUGAGCCACCUACAAUAUGGUUAUCUGGAAUGAAUAUUCCACCACCAAUUAUCAGCAACAAAAACUGGCUCAGACUUCAUUUUGUUACAGACAGCAAUCACCGCUACCGUGGAUUUAGUGCUCCCUACCAAGGUUCUUCUCCAUUGACCCUCACUGCCUCCAUUGGUGAGUUAGAGGAGCAUAUCAGGACUGCCACUGGUGCUAUUGCUGUUGCUAGCACACCUGCAGAUGUUACUGUAUCCAGUGUUACAACUGUCACCAGCCAUAGACUUUCCGAGGAACAGCGAGUUCAAGUAAGGAGUCUCAGUGAUUCAGGUCUGGACCCCAACACAUCCGAGGACCAGCUUUCUCCUCAUCAAGCAGAUACACAAAGUACAAGCAGAAGACCACGAAAUGCUGAACAGAUAGAAAGAACUAAAGAAAUUGCAGUUGUUACUCAUAGAGUGAAAAAGGCCAUAGAUUUUAAAUCUAGAGGAUUUAAGUUGUUUCCAGGGAAAGACAACAGCAACAAGUUUUCUCUCUUAAAUGAAGGAGGUAUUAAAACAGCUUCAAACUUAUGUCCAGAUCCUGGAGAACCAGAAAAUGGGAAGAGAGUUGGAUCAGAUUUUAGCCUUGGAUCCACUGUGCAAUUCUCCUGUGAUGAAGAUUAUGUCCUACAGGGAGCAAAAAGCAUUACUUGUCAAAGGAUAGCUGAAGUGUUUGCUGCUUGGAGUGACCACAGGCCUGUAUGUAAAGUGAAGACAUGUGGCUCUAAUCUUCAAGGACCAAGUGGCACCUUUACAUCUCCCAACUUUCCAUUCCAGUAUGACAGCAAUGCACAAUGCGUAUGGGUGAUCACUGCAGUGAAUACCAAUAAGGUCAUCCAGAUAAACUUUGAAGAAUUUGAUUUGGAGAUUGGCUAUGAUACAUUGACUAUUGGUGAUGGAGGUGAAGUUGGAGACCCAAGGACUGUGCUUCAGGUGCUGACUGGAAGCUUUGUGCCAGACCUGAUAGUGAGCAUGAGAAGCCAAAUGUGGCUGCAUCUUCAGACAGAUGAAAGUGUUGGAUCUGUUGGCUUCAAGGUUAACUACAAAGAAAUUGAGAAAGAAAGUUGUGGCGAUCCUGGCACACCUUUAUAUGGAAUUAGAGAAGGCGAUGGUUUUUCUAAUCGUGAUGUUUUAAGGUUUGAAUGCCAGUUUGGGUUUGAAUUAAUUGGAGAGAAAUCCAUUGUUUGUCAAGAGAAUAACCAAUGGUCUGCAAAUAUACCCAUCUGUAUCUUUCCUUGCCUUUCUAACUUCACUGCACCGAUGGGAACAGUCCUUUCCCCUGAUUAUCCAGAAGGUUAUGGAAAUAAUUUAAAUUGUAUCUGGACAAUAAUCUCUGAUCCAGGAAGCCGGAUCCACCUUUCCUUCAAUGACUUUGAUCUGGAAUCUCAAUUUGAUUUUCUUGCUGUUAAAGACGGUGACUCUCCAGAUUCUCCUAUUCUGGGAACCUUUACUGGGGCAGAAGUGCCUUCCCACCUUACUAGUAACAGCCACAUACUGCGAUUGGAAUUUCAAGCUGACCACUCGAUGUCAGGGCGUGGCUUCAACAUCACAUACAACACAUUUGGACAUAAUGAAUGCCCAGAUCCUGGAAUACCCAUCAAUGCUCGCCGCUUUGGAGACAACUUUCAAUUAGGAAGUUCUAUUUCAGUUAUUUGUGAAGAAGGGUUUAUUAAAACCCAGGGGACAGAAACAAUUACAUGCAUUCUGAUGGAUGGAAAAGUAAUGUGGAGUGGACCAAUUCCAAGAUGUGGAGCUCCAUGUGGUGGCCACUUUUCAGCUCCAAGUGGAGUAAUUCUCUCACCAGGAUGGCCAGGAUACUACAAAGACUCUUUGAAUUGUGAGUGGGUGAUUGAAGCUGAACCUGGACACUCUAUCAAAAUUACAUUUGAAAGAUUUCAGACUGAACUAAAUUAUGAUGUUCUGGAAGUUCAUGAUGGACCAAAUCUUCUAUCUCCCUUGCUCGGGUCUUACAAUGGCACACAAGUGCCACAGUUUCUGUUCAGUAGCAGUAACUUUAUAUACCUACUGUUUACAACAGACAAUAGCCGUUCCAAUAAUGGAUUCAAGAUUCACUAUGAAAGUGUUACAGUGAAUACUUACUCUUGCCUGGACCCUGGCAUCCCUGUCCAUGGCCGUCGAUAUGGCCAUGAUUUCUCCAUUGGGUCAACUGUUUCAUUUAGUUGUGAUCCAGGAUACCGAUUAAGCCAUGAAGAGCCCCUUCUUUGUGAAAAAAACCAUUGGUGGAGUCAUCCACUGCCAACAUGCGAUGCAUUAUGUGGCGGAGAUGUGAGAGGACCUAGCGGGACAAUCUUAUCACCUGGUUACCCAGAAUUUUAUCCAAACUCUCUGAAUUGUACAUGGACAGUUGAUGUAACCCAUGGAAAAGGUGUGCAGUUCAACUUCCACACUUUUCACUUAGAAGACCAUCAUGACUACUUGCUGAUAACAGAGAACGGUAGUUUUACCCAACCACUGGCACGUCUCACUGGUUCAGAACUUCCUUCGACAAUCAAUGCUGGCCUUUAUGGAAACUUCAGGGCUCAGUUGCGCUUCAUUUCUGACUUUUCGAUAUCAUAUGAAGGAUUCAACAUCACAUUCUCUGAAUAUAACCUUGAGCCUUGUGAAGACCCUGGGAUUCCUCAAUAUGGUAGCCGAGUUGGAUUCAGCUUUGGAGUCGGGGAUACUCUCACCUUCUCAUGCUCAUCUGGUUACCGACUGGAGGGUUCUUCUGAGAUCAUCUGUCUUGGCGGUGGCCGGCGAGUGUGGAGUGCACCUCUGCCAAGGUGUGUGGUGUUGUUGGCUCCAUCCUUCUCUCUACCUUAUGAAUCCAACCAUCAAUGCAGCCAUGUGGCUAUGUGGAAAGCAAAUUUAGGGAUUAAUUAUUGGAAUUGCUUUUUGUUCUACCAUCCUUCAGAAAAAGGUGAAAAUAAAGUCACUUUAAAAGGUUCUGUUGCAACUGCCUGUCGUGAUCCAGGAGUCCCCAUGAAUGGGACACGUAAUGGGGACGGACGAGAACCUGGAGAUACUGUUGUCUUUCAAUGUGAUCCUGGAUAUGAGCUUCAAGGACAAGAAAGAAUAACCUGCAUUCAGGUAGAAAAUCGAUACUUCUGGCAGCCCAGCCCACCAGUCUGUAUAGCACCUUGUGGAGGCAAUUUAACAGGAUCUUCAGGCUUUAUCCUUUCGCCAAACUUCCCUCAUCCGUACCCACACAGCAGAGACUGUGACUGGACCAUCAGUGUGAAUGCGGACUAUGUUAUCUCCUUGGCCUUUAUCAGUUUUAGCAUAGAACCAAACUAUGACUUCCUCUAUAUAUACGAUGGCCCAGACAGUAACAGUCCAUUGAUUGGAAGUUUUCAAGACAGCAAGUUACCAGAAAGAAUAGAAAGCAGCUCAAAUACCAUGCACUUGGCUUUUCGGAGCGACGGAUCUGUCAGUUACACUGGAUUUCAUUUAGAGUAUAAAGCAAAACUCCGGGAAUCAUGCUUUGAUCCAGGCAAUAUAAUGAAUGGUACCAGACUUGGAAUGGAUUAUAAAUUGGGGUCAACGGUCACCUAUUACUGUGAUGCUGGCUAUGUUCUCCAAGGUUAUUCAACACUAACUUGUAUCAUGGGAGAUGAUGGAAGACCUGGAUGGAAUAGAGUCCUACCAAGUUGUCAUGCACCCUGUGGAAGUCGUUCAACAGGUUCAGAAGGCACAGUGCUAUCACCAAACUAUCCCAAAAAUUACAGUGUAGACCACAAUUGUGUUUAUUCGAUAGCAGUUCCCAAGGAGUUUGUGGUGUUUGGCCAGUUUGUAUUUUUCCAGACAUCACUCCACGAUGUUGUUGAGGUGUUUGAUGGGCCAACUCAGCAGUCUCCUCUGUUAUCUUCCCUCUCGGGAUCCCAUUCAGGAGAGUCACUUCCACUGAGUUCAGGUAAUCAGAUCACAAUUCGAUUCACUUCAGUUGGACCCAUAACAGCUAAGGGAUUUCACUUUGUUUAUCAAGCCGUUCCUAGAACAAGCUCUACACAGUGCAGUUCUGUGCCCGAGCCAAGAUUCGGAAGAAGGAUUGGCAAUGACUUUGCAGUUGGUUCAUUGGUCCUUUUUGAAUGUAAUCCAGGAUACAUUCUCCAUGGCUCCAGAGCCAUUAGGUGUGAGACUGUACCCAAUUCUUUGGCGCAGUGGAAUGAUUCCUUACCUACAUGCAUUGUGCCUUGUGGGGGAAUUUUAACUAAGCGCAAAGGGACUAUUUUGUCUCCUGGAUAUCCUGAGCCUUAUGACAACAAUUUGAAUUGUGUUUGGAAGAUCACAGUGCCAGAGGGAGCUGGCAUUCAAGUACAAGUUGUUAGCUUUGCUACAGAACACAACUGGGAUUCUCUGGAUUUCUAUGAUGGGGGAGACAACAAUGCACCGAGACUUGGAAGUUAUUCAGGGACAACAAUACCUCAUCUUCUCAAUAGUACAUCUAAUAAUUUAUACCUAAAUUUCCAAUCAGAUAUCAGUGUCUCUGCUGCAGGAUUUCAUCUUGAAUACACAGCCUUGGGGACUAACUUAUUAGCUUGCACUGCCCCAAGCAGCUCUGGUCUGCGGAUAUCUGAUAGACUGGUUAUUGGGGACCUUGUCCAGACACAUACAGACACUGAACAUGCAUUACAGGUAUUCUCAUACAUCACAUGUAUGCCUGGACCUGUCAGAGCAUGGAAUUCACCCAUCCCCAUUUGUUUGGCUCAGUGUGGAGGUGCAAUGUCAGACUUCAGUGGUGUGAUACUCAGUCCUGGAUUUCCCGGAAACUACCCCAGCAGCUUAGAUUGCACAUGGACAAUAAAGCUGCCCAUCGGCUUUGGGGUACACCUCCAGUUUGUAAAUUUUUCUACAGAAACCAUACAUGAUUACUUGGAAGUACGGAGUGGAUCCUCUGAAACUAGUACUGUUAUUGGACGGCUUAGUGGUCCACAAAUACCAUCUUCUUUGUUUAGCACAACUCAUGAAACCAGCUUGUACUUUCACAGUGACUAUUCUCAGAACAAACAAGGAUUUCAUAUUGUGUAUCAAGCCUAUCAGUUGCAAAGCUGUCCUGAUCCUCGCCCAUUUCGAAAUGGGUUUGUAAUUGGAAAUGAUUUUACUGUGGGCCAAACCAUUUCAUUUGAAUGUUUCCCAGGAUACACGUUAAUUGGCAACUCAGCUCUCACAUGUCUUCAUGGAGUUAGUCGGAAUUGGAACCAUCCACUGCCAAGGUGUGAAGCUCUUUGUGGAGAGAAUAUAACUGCAAUGAAUGGUACAAUUUAUUCUCCUGGCUAUCCUGAUGAGUAUCCAAACUUUCAAGACUGCUUUUGGCUUGUACGAGUUCCCCCUGGGAAUGGAAUCUACAUCAAUUUUACUGUUCUUCAAACAGAGCCCAUCUAUGACUUCAUUACUGUAUGGGAUGGACCUGACCAAAAUUCACCCCAAAUUGGUCAAUUCAGUGGCAAUACUGCUUUGGAAUCAGUAUACAGCACUUCAAAUCAAAUUCUAAUCAAAUUCCAUAGUGACUUCACAACAAGUGGCUUUUUCGUGCUCAGUUAUCAUGCCUACCAACUAAGAGUGUGCCAGCCUCCACCACCUGUCCCUAAUGCAGAAAUUCUGACAGAAGAUGAUGAAUUUGAAAUAGGCGAUAUUAUCAGAUAUCAGUGUCUUCCAGGGUUUACACUGGUUGGCAAUGCAAUUCUGACAUGCAGAUUGGGAGAGCGGCUGCAAAUGGAUGGGGCACCUCCAGUUUGUCAAGUGCUCUGUCCUGCCAACGAGCUACGACUGGAUUCUACAGGAGUAAUACUGAGUCCUGGAUAUCCUGACAGUUACCCGAAUUUGCAGAUGUGUUCAUGGAGCAUCUCUGUGGAAAAGGGCUAUAACAUCAGCAUGUUUGUAGAAUUCUUCCAGACAGAAAAAGAGUUUGAUGUUCUUCAGGUGUAUGAUGGUCCAAAUAUUCAGAGUCCAGUGCUUAUUUCUCUCAGUGGAGAUUAUGCAGCAGCUUUUAAUGUAACAAGCAAUGGUCAUGAAGUAUUUCUUCAGUGGUCUGCAGAUCAUGGCAAUAACAAAAAAGGCUUCAGGAUAAGAUACAUUGCCUUCUACUGUAGCACACCAGAAUCUCCACCUCAUGGAUACAUCAUCAGUCAGACAGGGGGACAGCUGAACAGUGUGGUUCGUUGGGCCUGUGACCGAGGGUUCCGACUUGUUGGGAAAAGCAGCGCGGUUUGCAGAAAAUCAUCCUAUGGAUAUCAUUCAUGGGAUGCACCCGUCCCUGCCUGCCAAGCAAUUUCCUGUGGGAUUCCUAAAGCCCCAACUAAUGGAGGAAUACUUACGACCGACUACUUGGUUGGAACUCGAGUUACCUACUUCUGCAAUGAUGGGUAUAGGCUGUCAUCCAAGGAACUCACCACCGCCACCUGCCAGUCAGAUGGAACAUGGAGUAAUCAUAAUAAGACCCCUCGCUGUGUUGUUGUUACAUGUCCAAGUAUCAAUUCCUUUACCUUGGAACAUGGAAGAUGGAGAAUUGUGAAUGGAUCACAUUAUGAAUACAAAACUAAGGUGGUUUUCAGCUGUGAUCCUGGUUAUCAUGGACUUGGUCCUGCUUCUAUUGAAUGCCUUCCUAAUGGUACCUGGAGUUGGAGAACUGAAAGACCAUACUGCCAAAUUAUCUCCUGUGGAGAAUUACCAACACCUCCAAAUGGAAAUAAGAUUGGAACUCAAACUUCCUAUGGCUCCACUGCCAUCUUCACAUGUGAUUCGGGAUUCAUGCUUGUGGGUUCUGCUGUACGAGAAUGCCUUUCCUCUGGUCUGUGGAGCGGAUCAGAAACCAGAUGUCUAGCGGGUCACUGUGGAAUUCCAGAACUCAUUGUGAAUGGUCAAGUCAUUGGAGAAAAUUAUGGAUAUAGAGACACAGUUGUGUAUCAGUGUAACCCUGGUUUUCGUCUGAUUGGUUCUUCUGUGAGGAUAUGUCAACAGGAUCACAAUUGGUCUGGUCAGCUCCCAUCCUGUGUGCCUGUUAGCUGUGGUCACCCUGGUAGUCCAAUUUAUGGAAGAACAAGUGGAAAUGGGUUCAACUUUAAUGAUGUGGUAACAUUCUCUUGCAAUAUUGGGUAUCUUAUGCAAGGGCCAACAAAGGCACAGUGUCAGGCCAACAGGCAGUGGAGCCAUCCUCCGCCCAUGUGCAAAGUGGUGAACUGCUCUGAUCCUGGAAUUCCAGCCAAUUCAAAAAGAGAAAGCAAAAUAGAACAUGGGAAUUUUACAUAUGGCACUGUGGUAUUCUAUGACUGUAACCCAGGAUAUUUUUUAUUUGGUUCUUCAGUUUUGAUAUGUCAGCCAAAUGGACAAUGGGAUAAACCUUUACCAGAAUGUAUCAUGAUUGACUGUGGACACCCUGGCAUUCCUCCUAAUGCAGUCCUGUCUGGAGAGAAGUAUACUUUUGGGUCAACCGUUCACUAUUCCUGCACAGGAAAGCGUUCUCUUCUAGGCCAGGCAUCCAGGACUUGCCAGUUAAAUGGACAUUGGAGUGGAUCUCAACCUCAUUGUUCAGGUGAUACAACUGGUACGUGUGGAGAUCCAGGUAUGCCCGGUCAUGGCUCCAGACAGGAAAGUGAUUUCAGAACUAAAAGCACUGUACGCUUUGCCUGUGAUACUGGAUACAUUCUUUAUGGUUCAGAAGAAAGAACAUGUUUAUCCAAUGGCAGUUGGACUGGGAGACAGCCAGAGUGCAAAGCUGUACAAUGUGGUAAUCCAGGAACAACAGCAAAUGGGAAAGUCUUUCGAAUUGAUGGUACAACAUUUUCCAGUUCUGUCAUCUAUUCUUGCACUGAAGGCUAUAUCCUUUCAGGACCCUCUGUUAGACAGUGUACUGCCAAUGGAACAUGGUCUGGAAGUUUGCCUAACUGUACAAUCAUCAGUUGUGGAGACCCAGGCAUACCAGCCAACGGAUUGAGAUAUGGAGAUGAUUUUGUGGUUGGGCAAAAUGUUUCUUAUAUGUGCCAGCCAGGCUAUACUAUGGAGUUAAAUGGAUCCAGAGUCAGAACAUGUACAACUAAUGGCACAUGGAGUGGAGUGAUGCCAACAUGUAGAGCUGUUACCUGCUCAACUCCUCCCCAGAUCUCUAAUGGAAGGCUGGAAGGAACAAAUUUCGACUGGGGCUUUAGUAUUAGCUACAUCUGUUCUGCAGGAUAUGAGCUGUCCUUUCCUGCCGUUCUGACCUGUGUAGGCAAUGGUACCUGGAGUGGAGAGGUCCCACAGUGCUUACCAAAGUUUUGUGGUGAUCCUGGUAUACCUUCCCAAGGAAAACGAGAAGGCAAAAGCUUUAUAUAUCAGUCUGAGGUUUCAUUCAGCUGCAAUUCUCCCUUCAUACUGGUGGGAUCAAGCACGAGAUUAUGCCAAACUGAUGGCACCUGGAGUGGCUCAUCACCUCACUGCAUAGAGCCUACUAGAACAUCCUGUGAAAACCCUGGGGUACCAAGGCAUGGAUCUCAAAACAAUACAUUUGGAUUUCAAGUAGGAAGUGUUGUUCAGUUCCACUGCAAAAAGGGACACCUGCUUCAGGGAUCUACAACAAGAACUUGCCUUCCUGACCUGACAUGGAGUGGAAUUCAACCUGAGUGCAUACCUCACAGCUGUAAACAGCCAGAGAGUCCUGCUCAUGCAAAUGUAGUAGGAAUGGACCUUCCCUCCCAUGGGUACACACUGAUCUAUACCUGUCAGCCUGGAUUCUUCUUAGCGGGAGGAACUGAACAUAGAGUGUGCAGAUCUGAUAACACCUGGACUGGAAAAGUUCCUGUCUGUGAAGCUGGUUCCAAAACAUUAGUCAAAGACCCUCGACCUGCAUUAGGAACACCUAGUCCAAAGCUAAGUGUUCCUGAUGAUGUGUUUGCCCAGAAUUAUAUAUGGAAAGGCUCUUAUAAUUUCAAAGGAAGAAAACAGCCCAUGACCUUGACAGUCACUAGCUUUAACGCUUCUACUGGCAGAGUCAACGCCACGCUGAGCAACAGCGACAUGGAGUUGCUGCUUUCAGGGGUCUACAAAAGCCAGGAAGCUCGCCUAAUGUUACAUAUAUAUCUUAUUAAAGUACCAGCACAGGCUUCUGUAAAGAAAAUGAAGGAAGAAAAUUGGGCCAUGGAUGGAUUUGUGUCUGCUGAGCCUGAUGGAGCUACUUAUGUAUUCCAAGGAUUUAUUAAAGGCAAAGAUUAUGGGCAAUUUGGACUACAAAGACUUGGACUGAAUACUUCAGAAGGGUCAAAUUCUUCAAACCAGCCUCAUGGUACAAAUAGUAGUUCUGUGGCUAUUGCGAUACUUGUGCCUUUUUUUGCACUUAUAUUUGCAGGAUUUGGGUUUUAUCUUUACAAACAAAGGACUGCACCCAAAACACAGUACACAGGAUGUUCUGUUCACGAAAAUAACAAUGGCCAAGCAGCCUUUGAGAACCCCAUGUAUGACACCAAUGCCAAGUCUGUGGAGGGGAAGGCAGUACGAUUUGACCCGAACUUGAACACAGUUUGCACAAUGGUAUAACACGGCAACACAUCGCCUUCUUCAGAAUCCCGGAAAUCGACAUACUGAACAGUGCACUUUUAGUUCACUGCUAACAAAGCACACUUUUCAGGACUUGCUGGGUCACCUUUUCCUGAGGAAUGAUAGCGAAGAGUGUUUUUUUCAUAAACUGGAUCAAACUCUGUCUUCAUGUUUACCGUGGAGAGUUUUACAGAAAUCGGGCUGCACUCUGGGAGUGCUUACUCACAGUUUAUUUGCUUUUUUUAAAAAGGAGAUUAUUCUAAAACAUAAACUUAUUUGCAUAUAUUGGAGGAGCAUCCACUAUCAGUAUUUCUGUGCUUUAUAAACUAUAUUAGAGGGACUGGGUUUAAAAAAAAUGAUAUAGGGUAGAAAAUAAGAGCUAUACUUACCAGAGUCAAUAGAUCACUGACUUCUCUUUGCUGUCAUAAGUCAUAAGCAACAUUGUACCCACAUGUCUGUAGUUCAUACCGCAUAUCUGCAAUUCAUUCUUUUUAUCCCAGGCAUUCAAUUUAUUUCUCUAGAUAUUUAAGAAUGGCACACACCUUUAAACAUUGAUGAGUGAAUUCAUGCCACAGAAUUAAUAAGAUUGCCCACCCCAAUCUGGCAUUCUAUGUUAAUAAUACUGAUACUAUUUUUUUUUUUUUAGAAUCAUUUUUAAGUUUUUUCAGAUGGGAAGGUCAUUGUGUGAUCUUUCUUAUUUCUCUAUAAUCAAAGAAACAGUUUUAUCCAUUGAGCUGUGAAAAGCUCUUUCUAUGUUUGCUUCAAAUAUUCUUUGUCAUCUACAAAGUAUUUUAGAUCACAAAAUGUUAUUUGUAAAGAUGCUUAUUUUGCAGUUAUCUGACACACCAGCUUAUCACCAUUUUUUUUAACCAAACACUACAAAGGUUUUGUAAGACCUAAUAGAAAAUGUCAAUUAUGUCUGCAUUUAAUUUAUAAUGUUCACAUAUCCUUCUAGCUGAAUCUUUGAUUUUUGCUACAUUUGAUAAUUUUUAGUGUCUUUAAACAAAGAGGUACAAUAUACUCUGUUCUAUCCCUUAACUUAAUGACUAAAAGAACAAGAAGUUCUUUCAGAUCACUAAUAUACCAUUGUUUCCCAAAUAUAUGUGCUCAUCAAAAUUUGACAGGUUUUGAAUGUUCUGUCUAUACCCUGUUUUUAAGAAGUAAGUAUCAGGUACAGCCAGUGUUUUCAUUGUCUGAUUUAAAAAGUUUAUAUGUUGUUGUUAGCUCAUUCAAAGCUACAUCAUGCUGAAGUGUUGGAAUUUUUAGUUAAUAGGGCAUUGUCUUUCUUUUAUAUGUUUGUCAUAUUUCAUUUCACUGAAUAAACACAUACUCAUUGUGAACUCUCUAUUGUUGUCCAUUUCAAAUCUGAAUUGUUCUGUGAAGGGUCUCGCUUUUGUAUCAUGAGAUAAGAGUGCCUAUGAGAAACCAUUGCACCUGGGAGCACUGCUUGGAACUAUCUCUACAUUUAGUGAAUUUCUUGUAAAACACUUUGAGAUACAUUGUUUUGGAAAUUCAUACAAUUUUCUCAACAUUGUAUUCUACUGACAGGAUGCGGUUUUAAAUUUUAUGCCAUCUGUUAUUUAUUCUUGUUUAUUCAAAUGACUGCAAUAACAAUGAUUCAUUCACUAAUGUUAAGGUUAAUAUGUUUAAGAUCUUGUUUAAAUGACGUUUCUUCUGCAACUGGCUACUCCUCUUAUAUUAAUGCAUACACUUUUGUAAAGAAGUAUAUUUUUAUGAUAAAAGACUUUGUAAAAGUAUGAUGUAAAUUUUC